GUUUAUCAGUUCAGUCGCAGUGCGGUGGCGGUCGAUGAGAUGCGAAGGAUGGAUUGCAACAAGCCGAUCACCAAGGCUUCAUCUCUGAGAUGGAAAAUUCUCCGUCAAGCGCUUAUUCCUCGAUCUUCCUCCUGCAAUGAUGAUCAGUCUGAAAUGGAUGCGAAGCGUAUUUCUAGGAGGACUACGAACGGCUUCAAUUUGAUUCCCUCGUUUAUCACGGAUGAUAUUGGAGACGAAGGCACGGACGGUUUUUCUGUCUCGCGUCGCGAUCGUCGCGUGUGCUACACAUUGCCUAUCGAUGGAGCUCCCAAACUUUUCCUCAAGCAAAGAAUGGACGACGUUGCUGACCUUGAUGACUUCAAGAUCUGUAAUAAAUAUGACAUUGACAACACCGGGCUUGUUUGUCAUUGGCCAUCAGAAGAUGUUCUUGCUUACUUCUGUUUGUUGCAUUCGGACCUAUUUAGAUGUAAGAGAGUUAUUGAGCUUGGAUCUGGCUAUGGCUUGGCUGGAUUAGUUGUUGCUGCAAGUACAGAAGCAUCAGAAGUUGUUAUCACAGAUGGAAAUCCUCAAGUAGUUGAAUAUAUUCAGCACAAUAUAGCAAUUAACUCUAAAGCAUUUGGUGGCACCAGAGUAGAUUCUUUGACAUUGCAUUGGAAUCAGGAAGAGGUUUCAAAUAUUUCCGGCAGUUUUGAUCUCAUUAUUGCCAGUGACUGCACUUUUUUUAAAGAUUACCAUAGAGGACUUGCUAGAAUGGUCAUGUCCUUGUUGAAAAAAGUAGAGUCAUCAGAAGCUAUAUUUAUUAGCCCCAGAAGAGGUGACUCACUCGUGAAGUUUCUAGAGGAAGUCAAAGCCAAUGGUUUGCAUUUCAGUGUGAUAGAGGAGUAUGAUGCUGAAGUUUGGAAACGACACGAGAAAUUCUCUAAUGGUGAUGACUCCUGGCCUGGAUAUGAAAAGGAUGAUUGCUAUCCAUUAUUCGUCAGAAUUACUCUCUGAAUUCUUAUUGCCCAUUACAUUUCCACCUCCGCGAAUCAUUUAGUCACCAAGAAGUAAUCUUUUCAUCUUCCCAAUUUGAUUUAUUGAAUUGCUAUCAUAUUUGGUAGUUUCCAUGCAUUAGAGUAAACAAAGGUCUUCUGUUCUGUCAAAAGGAAGAUGGCAAUGAAGAACAAUGGCAACAGGAGGCCCUCCCGUUUCUGUAAGAGAAUCAAACUUAUUAUAUCUUUUUAGUUGAGAUUAUUGCAUGUCUGUUAUCAAGUGCGAUUAGGCUCUGGUAUGUAAUUGUGAUUAACUUCGGACCGUUUUAAUAUGCAUGCUAUGUGGUUCCCAAGUAGCCCUUCUUUCAA